CCCGCCUUCUACCUCGCCAGCGCGCGAAAUUCCCCAUUGCGCUGGCCGGCGAGAGCUCCGAAUCAAUAAUUCAUUCUCUCCUAUUUAUUCAUAAUGCCCGUUCCUGAAAGGGCACCCCUCCAUCGGAUCUAUCACUAUGGACUAUUGAGUCUCCUCUUCCUCCACACAUCCACCGCAGCGGGGAGAAGCAGCAGUGAGCAACGCGCAACAGCAAACCCCGGCUACAGUUAUGGCCAAGCGGUGCCAGUAACAUGUCUGAACCGGACGAUUGACUCCGGCGAACACAUAACCGACCCCCUGGGCAACCUCCAAUACAUCCCCUUCCCAACAUGCAACGAGACCUCCCAACCGCUAUCCCUCCACUACGGCGUCGCCGAACAGACCCUAACAUGCACCAUCGCCUCCCUCCCCGAUGAACUCUACCAUUUACUAGAGUACUACGUCCACUCGGACGUGCCCAUGACAUGUCGCGUGCCCACCGCGCCGCUUCUCGCUGCCUCCCCUUCCUCUCCAGACAUCGACAUCAUCGAUGAUGUCUCCACCGGUGAACAAGCCUACACGCCCAUCACCUUCGCUAUCCAGGGCACAUUGCAACUAAGCCAUCUGCAUAUAUGGACGGAUAUGAAUGUCCUGGUGCAUAACAUGGCCAGUACGGAGAAGAAGAAGCGUAAGGAUCCUGGGUAUGUGGUUGCGGGCACGGCGUACAGUGUGCCCGAGUUUGAUAAUCGGGGGGCGAGGGAGCCGUGGACGGAGGGUCAUGGGACGAAGGUUUGGUGGGGCUGGGUAUGA